AUGUCUAAGAGAGGUUUCGCUCAUGUUCGCGUCGGGCACGCUGGUGCCUGCCCACAACAUCAACAAGCGAGCACAUGCACGACUGGUGGUUUCUAUACGAAUCCCACUACGGGCAUGACCGUGUCCAGCAGUGACAACUUCAACAUAUCCUGGGACACCUCUUGCUUGGCCGGUACAUCGGCUGUAGAUAUAUACCUCAUCGCCCCGUCUCUGACCAACAGCCGCAUCCACGAGUGGCAAAAUGUCAACUUCGGUCUAGGCAGCUACCAGACUCAGUUAGAACCCAAGUGGUGGAACGACUCUUCCUCCAUCCAGCUCCAGCUGUCCAUCGUAACGUCCGGAACGCAACCUUUCCUCAGCCCUCUUCCAGCAGGCCCCGUUUUCACUGCAACUUAUACCGCACCAACCUCAGGCUCUACUCCAGCGAGUGCUGAUUUGUCCACCCCAAAUACCGUCACUUAUGUCAACAACUUCCCUACUCCCAGUUCUCUCACCAGUGGAAAGAUCGCUGCUGGCGUGCUCAUUCCCCUCUUAUUUAUCGGUCUUGGCGUCGCAUAUUACAUCAAGAUGAGUCGUAUCAAAGCGAAAGAGAAGAGCCAUCGCUUCUCUCAGGCAAUCGACACGCGCAUGUCGACCAUCUCGUCAGACUGGAAAUCCAUGUCUGCAGCUGGUGCAUCCGCUGCUAUACGGAACAGCAUCGCCGUCCCCGGCGGUGCCCGUACUUCCUCCGCGUUCUCGUUCGGAUCUAUCCGCCCAAUUAGCACUGUCGCGAUCGAGGGCGAAACAGGCGCUGAAAGGACGAGUGCGGAUGGCGACACUGCUGUUCCUAACAUGUCACAGCUUCGUCCGGGGCUUCGUACCUCCGCGUUCGGCGAACGGGUAUCCAGGGUUUCGUUCGCCGCAGAUGUUCGCCCGUCUAUCGAGUCCCGUCGUACAGUCGCCAGUCGUGCCUUCCACGUCGGACAUGUCCCUCCUGUGCCUACGCGUCAGGAUUCCGAUGAUUUGUCUCCGGUACAGACCCAGGGUGCAUUCUCUCUGACUCCGGAAGAUAUUACGGCUCUGAUGCGCACGGGCAAUGACGAUACGGAUGCAGGUGACGAUUACCUCCUCCCUUCUCAAGCGCCGGUCGAGAUGCCACUACCCCCCACGCCUGUUCAUGCGGCACCGACAUCGCCUAUUGGGAUGGUACCCAUGUCUGCCAGCGUCAUGUCACCCGAUGAGAUGUUGCGCGCCUAUGCCGAACGCAAGAUGGCGUCUCCUCCCGGAAGUCCUGUUGCGUUCCCUGCAGCCACUCUCAGCUAUAAUUCGCGGGGACCGAGGUCUCUUUACUCUCCAAGUAGGGCAGAGCCAGCUUUCCCUAGCCCUACCCACAUCAAGCAAGGUAGCGGCGAGAGUGUCAUGCAGACGGCCUACAGCGGCCUACGUUGA